GAGAAAAGAUGCGGCCCGGGAACAGCAGCCGCCACUCUGGAGCGUGCGUCCCACGAAGUUCAGCAGGACUAUCAAUGGCAGGAUACCAGCUCUGGUCACCAUGGACCCCACUGGACGAGAGCUUCCAAUGGCUGCGGCACACAACACCGACACCUUCUUCGAAGCACCCCUUUAGGGCUUCCCCCUGCUUCUCACACACUCCUUCUGAUCUUGAAGUGCAGCUGUGCUUUCAAGAGGUCACUCUAGUCCGAGACAGCCCAUUCCUGGAGGCUGGGGUGAGUCCUAAGUUACCCUGCCACACAUCAGAGCUCCGAACCAUGAACAACAAGAAAGGGCUGGUCAGGAAGCCCCAGCCUGUCCGCCUCAGUGGAGUGGAUUCAGUCUUUGGCAGGGUCAUCACAGCUCAGCCACCAAAGUGGACUGGGACCUUCAGAGUUUCAGAUAAGUCAGCCUUUUGCAAAAUCAUCAGCCGGGAGCACCAGUGGCCCACUGGACUUAAGGAACCUCAGAUUCAGAUGACAGUGACCAUGUGCAAACAGAUGCUGCGCUCUAUCCUCUUGCUGUAUGCAACAUACAAGAAGUGCACCUUUGCCUUGCAACACUCCAAGUAAAGGGUCCCCAUCUGAUUCGUUCCUCACACCAUACCCUUUGCUAUGUGCCUGAAGCUUACAGAAACCUGUCCACGUAAAGGGAACCAUGACAUGGCCCCAGCUACCUUGCUUUUCUUGCAGGCAGUGACAAUUCAGGAGCCCCUCUCCUCCCUCUCCCUCCAAAAAAGGGCCAGUGACAGAGCGAGGGAGAACAUUUUGACUGUAAAGUUGAACAGCCGUUUAAAAGAGAGUCAAACUACAUGUAGAUGUGAUA